UCAUGCACCGGGGGCGAGGCUUGCCUCCUGCGGCGUGCGCUGGCCUCAGGACUACAGCCCCCAGCAUGCACCGGGAUAGGAGUGCGGUGCGGUGUGCAGGGAUUUCCGUCCCCGUGCUGCGCGCGGGACGCUCGGAGAGGGCGGCAGGCCCCAGCUGAGCAGUGCCUGCCUCUGGAGCAAGAUGUCUGAGAGAAGCAGCCCCAUUCGGCUGGACCUGAGCUCCCUGCGGGGGGCGCCCCAAGAUGUCCUACACCUGCUGCCCUGCGAGGUGGAGCACAACGGCAGUGCCCCAGUGGACAGAUACUUCACCCCGGCCAUCCGCCAGGGCUUGCAGGAGAAAUCUGUAUCCUUCCGUGGCAGGAGCCUCAAGGGGCAGGAGGUGAUGGUGCCCCAAGGUUAUGUGGGGCUGGUUCUGAAGGAGGAUCAAAGGCCUUGCACAGAGGAGGAGGAGCGGACGCUGCAGCUGAAAUCAACUUUUGGGACGCUGACAGUUUGGAACCUGGAGUGGGCUCCAAGUGCGGAUGAUGGGCUGCUCCUGGCUCUGAGCUGGCCAGGGAUUGCAGAGGCCAUCCAUGCACCAGUGUCAAGGAAGGAACAGUGAGUCCAUGGCGGAGGCAGCGGUCCCAGGACUGCCAGCCACUGGCUGCUGCUGUGGUCUGCAUUGGGGUUUUGUUUUGGCGUGGUGGCUCCAUGCUGAGAAUACAUGGAUCUCACAAAGAUA